AUGGCAGACAAAAAGAGCAAGAAGAGCAAAGAUGCCGCUCAGGGUAUCGUUUACGACAUCUUCCUCUGGGUCUUCACAGUCGUCACCGAUCUCUUCUUCCGCGAAAUCCACCCUCGAAGCUCAUGGCGCAUCCCAAAGAAAGGACCGGUCAUCUUCGUGGCAGCACCCCACGCCAAUCAGUUCAUUGAUCCCCUCAUCCUGAUGCGGACUGUUCGACACGAUGCAAAGCGGCGGAUAGCAUUUCUGAUUGCAGAGAAGAGCAUGCGUCGGGCAUUUGUUGGGUUUAUGGCAGGCUUGGUAGGAUCGGUGCCCGUGGGAAGAGCUCUCGAUUUGAAGAAGCCAGCUCCAGGCAAGAUCUGGCUACCAGAUCCCGAGGGAGAUCCAACAUUGAUCAGAGGCAACGAUGAGGUCAACUUCGAGAGCGAGCAGUUCCAAGUUGGAGGUUUGGUCGUGCUGCCUAGUGUGAAUAAUGUUGCAGCCAACGCUGAGAUCGCGGAGAUUGUUUCGGAGAAAGAACUCAAACUGAAAAAGGCUUUCAAGGGAGAUGUGGCAUACAAGCAGCUUACUGGGAAGUCAGGCGGAGAGAGCAAUAGAGACUUGGCCAACGGGGAUGCGAAGGAGGGACAAUUCGAGGGCACCAAGUUUCAGCUUGCACCUCACGUUGACCAGGGCAAUGUAUACCAAGCAGUCUUUGAGCGCAUCAAGAGUGGUGGCUGUAUCGGUAUCUUCCCAGAGGGAGGCAGCCAUGACCGGACGGAGCUGCUUCCUCUGAAAGCUGGUCUGGCCAUCAUGGCACUGGGUGCGCUGGCUGAAGAUCCAUCAUGUGGCGUCACGAUCGUUCCAGUCGGCAUGAACUACUUCCACGCUCACAAGUUCCGAUCGAGGGCCGUCAUUGAGUUUGGCGCUCCUAUCGAAAUCGAGCCAGAACUGGUUGAGCAAUACAAGAAUGGCAGCAAACGAGAUGCAGUAGGCAAAGUUCUCCAAAACGUCUACGAUGCACUUUCAACCAUCACCGUCCAGGCACCCGACUACGACACCCUCAUGCUCAUCCAGGCUGUGAGACGGCUCUACAACCCGAAAGGCAAAAAGCUGCCUCUGCCGUUUGUUGUUGAGCUCAAUCGAAGGCUCAUCAAGGGUUAUCAGACCUACAGGGAUGAUCCCAGGGUGGUGCACCUUCGUCAGGAGGUACUCAACUACAACCGACAGCUAUUCCGUCUCAAUGUGCGAGAUCACCAGUUGGCAUAUGCGAAGUUUCCAAUCUGGAAGGUGGUUGGGCUGCUGCUAUACCGCGUCGCCAAGCUCUCGGUCCUGUUAUUUGCGUCCCUACCUGGUGUUAUCCUUUUCUCACCAGUCUUCGUGGCUGGGAAGCUGAUUUCGAGGCAAAAGGCUAAGGAGGCUUUGGCAGCGUCUACCGUCAAGGUAAAGGCGAGAGAUGUGGUGGCGACGUGGAAGAUCCUGGUGUCCUUGGCCCUCACGCCUGUUCUGGACGUCUUCUACACAAGCUUCCUGGUCUACUGGACAUGGACAAACCGCAUUCGUGGCGCGGUACCACAAUUCGUACCUCUCUGGUUCAUGACAAUCUUCGGACUCAUCUUCUUCCCAGCAAUAUGCUUCGCAGCGCUGAGAUUUGGCGAGAUCGGCAUGGACAUCUUCAAGAGCUUGCGCCCACUCUUCUUGUCCAUCAAUCCGACCUCGAGUAACACCUUCGUCAAGCUCCGUGAAAAGCGCGAGUGGCUGCAAGACAACAUCAACAACAUCAUCAACGAGCUCGGACCCGAGCUGUUCCCCGACUUCGAUCAACAACGUAUCAUCAGUGACCCUACACAUCCACUCCACUCACCCGACUGGUCUCGUCCCGGUACGCCCACACACCGCCGACAAGGCAGCGAGAUCGACUCUCUUUCAUUCACCCCUGCCAGCCCGACUGUCCCGUCAGGCAUCGGCCAUGCGUUGCCUCGCAACGAAAGUUUUGCAAAUCUCAGCUCGAUCGGCAUCUUUGCUUCCAGACCAAGCACGCCCAACAGAAGUCGCAGCCGAACGAGCAGCAAUGACUUUGGCGGCAAGAUGUCCGGCUUUGGCUUCACUUCGAUUGACAAGUCAAGCAAGGAUUCCGCGAAGGCGAAUCUGAACGAGGUCAGCAAGAACCUGCAUGAAGCUAUGCGAGAGCGCGGGCGGAGAAGGAGAAGUGAGACUGAGGGCAGCUUCGAGUUUGUUCAAGACGAGGAGGAUGAUGAUGAAGACGAAGCGGAGGGGAAGAAAGAUGUCUGA